CCCAAGCCUCUGCCGUACCGUCCAGGCGGCGAGUUGCGUCCUGGCUCUGUCGUGUGGCCGGCGUGCAGGGUUGUGUGCCCGCUUACUGCCGCUGCCGCCGUCAUGAACCGCGAGAAUUUCGCGGCGGGCGAGCGGCUGGUGUCGCCGGCUUACGUGCGCCAGGGCUGCGAGGCUCGCCGCUCGCACGAGCACCUCAUCCGGCUGCUCCUGGAGAAGGGGAAGUGUCCGGAAGAUGGUUGGGAUGAAAAUACACUUGAGCUCUUUCUGCAUGAGCUUGCAAUCAUGGAUAGCAACAAUUUCCUGGGCAAUUGUGGUGUGGGAGAAAGGGAAGGGAGAGUGGCAUCUGCUUUAGUUGCCCGUCGUCAUUACAGGUUCAUUCAUGGAAUUGGACGAUCAGGUGAUAUUUCUGCUGUGCAACCAAAAGCUGCAGGUUCUAGCCUUUUGAACAAAAUUACCAAUUCUUUGGUAUUGGACAUCAUAAAGUUGGCUGGUGUUCAUACAGUGACCAACUGCUUUGUAGUUCCUAUGGCAACUGGUAUGAGUUUGACCCUGUGUUUCUUAACUUUACGACACAAAAGACCAGAGGCAAAGUAUAUUAUAUGGCCGCGAAUAGACCAGAAGUCCUGCUUUAAAUCUAUGAUCACUGCAGGUUUUAAGCCCGUGGUGAUAGAGAAUGUUUUAGAAGGUGAUGAACUGCGCACAGACUUGAAAGCAGUGGAGGCCAAAAUCCAGGAACUUGGGCCGGAUUCCAUCCUGUGUGUUCAUUCGACUACCUCCUGUUUUGCUCCAAGAGUGCCUGAUAGACUAGAAGAACUGGCUGUGAUGUGUGCCCACUAUGGCAUUCCACACAUUGUCAACAAUGCUUAUGGAGUGCAGUCUUCAAAAUGUAUGCACCUCAUCCAGCAGGGGGCCCGUGUGGGUAGAAUAGAUGCUUUUGUGCAGAGCUUGGACAAAAAUUUUAUGGUUCCAGUAGGUGGCGCUAUAAUUGCUGGCUUUAAUGAUUCCUUCAUCCAGGAAAUUAGUAAGAUGUAUCCAGGAAGAGCUUCAGCUUCUCCUUCUUUAGAUGUGCUUAUUACUUUAUUAUCACUUGGGUCAAAUGGCUAUAAAAAGCUAUUAAAAGAAAGAAAGGAAAUGUUUUCAUAUUUGUCCAGUCAACUAAAGAAGCUGUCAGAAGCCUACAACGAAAGACUGUUACAUACACCUCACAAUCCCAUAUCUUUAGCUAUGACACUUGCAACUCUCGAUGAGCACCAGGACAAAGCUGUCACUCAGCUCGGCUCAAUGCUAUUCACCAGGCAGGUUUCUGGAGCCAGAGUCGUGCCACUCGGCUCCGUCCAAACCGUGAGUGGCUAUGCCUUCACAGGCUUCAUGUCACACACAGACCAGUACCCUUGUGCAUACCUCAACGCUGCGUCAGCCAUUGGGAUGAAGACACAAGAUGUGGACUUGUUCAUCAAGAGGCUUGGCAAAUGUUUAAAGACAGUCAAGAGAGAACAAAAUAAAGAGAGCGGCGUGUCCAGAACUGAUGAUUAUGACGAAACCAGAGGCGUAGAUAUGAAUGAAAUGGCUUUACAACUAGAUAAUGUGCUUCUUGAUACUUAACAGGGUUCUUCUUGACAGGUGAAGGGUUUCUUCUUGAAAAUUUGAAAGAAAUGAUGAGGCCGCAGUGUAAGAAAGUAGACACAACUUGAGAUUUUCAUGGACAUUAUUUGAUCAAGGAAUAGAAUAUGAUCUGAGCUUACCUUUAAUGAUUAUCCCAUCUUCUACUUUUACACUGCCUCGAUCCUUGUGGUCCAUAAUGGAUAUAUGCAGUUAACAUUUUUCUAAUGGUUAAAGUAUUUGUCAAGCAUGAUUCAGAUAAUUCUUGCUAAGAUGAUGACAGUAAAAUUAUUUCUGAUUUUGCUUUGAAAUGUGCAGACUGCUUCCUCCUAGCCCUUCUCUGCCAUUUGCAAGUUACCUAUGUUUCUGCUCGUGCAGAGUUUGGGAAGGUCUUUGAUGCUGCUAGUCGCUAGGUGUUUGUUGAUGCAUGUAAGUCACGGUAUAUGUAUGGGCGUUCACCAGGGGAGCAGGGUCAAGGUGUAAGCUCUAAUUUUCAUUCAACAGAAACAGUUCUCAACUGGGAAUAAUCUUAUAUUUGAGCAACAUCUGGGAACAUUGUUGUCACAAAUGGUGGGUGCUGUCGACCUCCAGUACUUGAGGCUGGUGGUGCUGUUCAUCGUCCUACAGUGGACACAACACCUUGCCCAAACAAAAUCAUCCGGCCCCAAAUGCAGCAGUGCUGAGGUGGCAUCAUAGAGAGCUCUAAAGUAAGUGAACACAAGUAGACAAGUUCCCUAUAGCAACUUUAGUUAUUCAGUUGGACUUCAGAGAAGCUUCUUUUUAAUGUUACUGAACUUUACACAAUACAGACUUGUGAUAACCAGGGUCACCAGUUCCGAACAUGGAGUUAUUAGUUUUCUAUGGCGCUUGUGCCCGUGGAAACUGUUGCACUGUUUUUGCUCUCCACAGUCUCUGUGGAUGGUAGUUUGUUCAGGUGCUUUGUACAACCAUCAUCAAAAGUGGCUCACAUGAAUAUUUUUGACCAUAUUUUUGAUAUGGAGGUGAGAAUGUUGUACUAUGAAAACAGGCAUAUUCCCUGUCUCCCUGUGCAUACGCCUACUUUCUGAGUGGAAUUCCAGAUACUUUGGUUACAAGAAUGAUUUUUGUUAUUGAAAUUAGCUGAGAAAGCUUGAGUUAGUAAAGCUUCUGAAUGCACCAAAAUGCCUAACCCAUGUUUCUAAAGUCCCCUGCAGAAUGUCCAGCCUAAGAGACCGGUUCCACGGUCAGACUUGGGACUUUACAGCUUGCCUACUGGUAUUUAAAGGCUCUGAGGAGUUCUUUGAAACCAGUUCGGAGGUACCCUUAGCAAAAAUAGAACCUGCUUUUAAAAUUAGUAAAUUACUUGUUGGCUUCCCGAUGUACUUACUUUUGAAGACACCGCAAUAGACAAAUCGGUUUCUGGGCUGUUGGCUUGUGUUUCAGGAGCGUGAACUCGUUUACCGUGAGCUUGAGUACCAUUGUCUGUGUACAGCGACAUUUUUCAGACAUUAGCUGACAAAAUUUGGAGAUCAAGAUUGUGUGGGGAUAAAGUUGUUAAUUAUAAAUAUACAAAUUAUUUGAAAAUAGUAUCUUUGGAGUUAAAAUGUUUUAAACAUCUGAUUUUUGAAAACAGCUCUUCACUCAUUCUAAAGGAGUCAGUCCUGGAAUGAAAAGUUGUGUGAUGUUUUUCUGUGAAUCUGGGGUUCCAUUGUAGAAUGAACAAAGCAAAGGAACCCCUCAGCUUACCAGAGGAAAUGAAGUGAUGUUGCAAAUGUAAACGCUGGCAGAGCAGCUUGCUCCACACAUUGGCCAAAAUUGCUUGAUGGAACAAGUGAUCUGUAUUGUGUGAUCAUCAUUUAGCUUUAAGAAAGGCCAGAGCAGAGA